CCUGCCGGGUCCGCCGAGGCGAGGGCUGGGCUAAGAUGGCGGCCCCCGUCCUACUGCGAGUGUCGGUGCCGCGCUGGGAGCGGGUGGCGCGCUACGCCGUGUGCCUGGCCGGCAUUGCCCUGGCAAUCUACGGCUUCCACCUGGAGCGCGAGAAGGGCCGCGACCUCCACUACCGGGCCCUUUGCGACCUCAGCGAGCGCGUCCGUUGCUCCGCUGCCAUCGCCUCCAGAUGGGGACGAGGGUUUGGCCUCCUGGGCUCCAUUUUUGGGAAGGACAGUGCAAUAAAUCAACCAAACAGCGUCUUUUGUCUCAUCUUCUAUGUACUACAAAUGUUACUUGGUAUGACAGCAAGUGCGGUAGCAGCGCUAGUCCUCAUGAUGUCCUCCAUAGCAUCUGUAAUAGGAUCCUUGUACCUGGCCUACAUUCUGUACUUUGUGCUGAAGGAAUUCUGCGUUGUCUGUGUCAUCACUUACUUGCUGAACUUCAUUCUCUUUAUCAUCAACUACAAACGACUGGUUUACUUGAACGAAGCCUGGAAACGGCAACUGCCACCCAAGCAGGAUUAGCUCCCCUGCGGACUCUUGACCGACAGUCUGAAGACCCUGACUUCCAUUUUAAUUUUAUCUCGCAGUAACAGAAUUUCCUUUUUGAUUCUUCAUAUCAGAUGCCUUUCCUGCGAAUCAAAAGAAAGGGGCCCUAGAUAACUUCUCCGCUAAUGAGUCCAAUAUGAGGAAGCGUUCAAGGAAGUCCCAGUCCAAUCAAAGACAAGCUUUAACUCUACUGUGAAAGUUUCUCAGCUGCACAUGCUUGACUCCUUCCCUCCCACAAAUAUGUCAAGGUGGUCACAUUUGUUAGGAGAUCAUGUUCACUGGCCAUGUUCAAGACUGUGUAUCAGGUGGAAGUGUCGCCAAGUUUCCAUUAUGUGUAUGGGGAGCCGAGGGGCCUAGUCGUGGCCGCAACCGGGACACAGCCCGCGGCAUUGUACAUAACGUUACGAGGGGGCUGUCCCAAAAUGGGAGGCUGGUGGCGGCUGAGCCUGUUGCGUUUAGAGGCAUGGCGAUGUGAAGAAUUGCUCGUCUCCUCCUUGGGAGAUCGUUUUUUAAAAGUUCUGUUUUUGAAAUGAGCCCUUCUCUCUGGGGAAGACAAAGGAUGAA